AUGUCCAUCCCCACCACCACCCAGGCAAUCACGCUCACCGCCCCCGUCCGCGGCGAGGUCACGCCCUCGACCUUCGAGCUCAAGACGCUCCCACUCCCCGCCUUGAAGGCCGGCCAGGUCCUCCUCCGCCUCGAGGCGUUCAGCCACGAGCCGGCCCUCCGCCACUGGAUCGACGCCGAGACGGACCCGAAGCGGCUGUACGUCCCGCCCGUGCUCGCGGGCGAGGUCGUGCGCUCGCCGUCUAUCGGCACCGUCAUCGCGUCCAACAGCGACAAGUGGGCCGUCGGCCAGCGCGUCGCCGCGCUCGCCGGCUGGGCAGAGCACGCCGUUGUCGACGACGCCAUGGUGUCGGGCGAGGCCGUGUCCCUCCCCGACUCGGACCUGCACUCGCUCGACGUCCUCGGCUGGGUCGGCCUCACGGCCUACUUUGGCCUCUUCAAGGCCGGCCGCCCGAUCAAGCAGGGCAUGACCGUCGUCGUGUCCGGCGCGGCGGGGGGCGUCGGCUCCGUCGUGGUCCAGAUCGCCAAGCACGUCCUGGGCGCGCGCGUGGUGGGCAUCGCUGGCGGUGAGGACAAGUGUGCUUGGGUGCGCAGCCUCGGUGCGGACGAAGCCGUCGACUACAAGUCGCCCACGUUCGCGGCCGACCUCGCCGCCGCGCUGCCCGACUACGCCGACGUGUUCUUCGACAAUGUCGGCGGCGCCGUCCUCGACGCCAUGCUCGCCCUCGUCAAGCGCCACGGCCAGAUCCUCAUGUGCGGCGCCAUGGACCAGUACAACGGCGGCGACCUCCGCCUGACCAACUGGAGCCAGGUGCUCUUCAACCGUAUCGACAUCCAGGGCUUCCUCUUCCUCGACUAUGCCGACUCGACGGCCGAGGCGGUCGAGAACCUCGCCAAGUGGGUCGCUGAGGGCAAGAUUGACGGGCCCAAGGCGCACACCGUGGUCGAGAACAAGCUUGAGGAGGUGCCUGCGACGUGGCAGCGCCUCUACUCGGGCGACUCGCGCGGCAAGCUCAUCUCCAAGCUUGCGUAG